CUUACAAUUAUUACAAAAACCAGAGGUUGAGUUUCCGUGUUUCUUUUAUUUUUCUUGGGCCUCCCACCGCCGCGCAGAUCGCAAGUCGCAGCAAAGGCCUCGAACCGUCCGAUGCUGCUGCUCCGCCCAAAUCCGCACCUGUCCUCCGUCGCCGCCCAAGCCCGCACCCGCGGCUCCCUCCCGCCGUUCCUCUCAUUCUUCUCCCUCCGGCUUCCGUCCCGUAGCCUCCCCGCUCCAUUGCCCCUUUUCUCUACGCCGCCGCGCCGGCCGCGCCGUCUUCCCCAUCCCGCCGCCGGCGACGACGUCGCCGACCAAUACGACGGGUUCGAUGAGGAGCUGCGCCGUCUUCUGGUCCUCCUCCCGCUGGAGAUGCGGAGGCGGGCGGAGGCCCAUCCGGAGCUCCGCCGCCUCGUCGAGAUCGUCAUGGACCUGGGCCGGCGGCCCCUUGCCCGCUUCCCCUCCGGCGACUUCUUUCUCUCCGACUGCCCCAUCUCCUCCCAGGAACUCCACCACGCCGCCUCCCAGGUGGGCGACUUUGCCGCGGAUAAUCGGGCGGGCAUCAGUCGGACGUUGCACCGGAUUAGCGCCAUCAGGAACCGGAAGGGCUCCAUCGUUGGACUCACUUGCCGGGUUGGCCGAUCAGUCACCGGCAGUGCCAAUCUGCUGCGUGAUUUGGUGAAGGAUGGGGGUUCACUGUUACUUAUAGGUCCUCCAGGAGUCGGCAAGACCACAGUCAUCAGAGAAAUAGCAAGGAUGCUUGCAGAUGAUUACAAGAAACGGGUCAUGAUCGUUGACACCUCCAAUGAGAUAGGUGGAGAUGGUGACAUUCCUCAUGCUGGGAUAGGGAGUGCCCGUAGGUUGCAAGUGCCCAACCCUGACAUGCAACACAAGGUGUUGAUCGAAGCAGUAGAAAACCAUAUGCCACAAGUAAUUGUGAUCGAUGAAAUUGGAACUAAGCUAGAAGCGGUAGCUGCUAGUACCAUUGCACAACGUGGUAUCCAGCUUGUUGCCACUGCUCAUGGAGUAACAAUAGAGAAUUUGAUCAUGAAUCCUUCUUUAGAGAUGCUUGUGGGGGGAAUACAAAGUGUUACUUUAGGUGAUGAAGAGGCUAGCAGAAGAGGUGUCCAGAAGACUGUCCUGGAGCGAAAAGGACCUUCAACAUUUACAUUUGGUGCAGAGAUUGUCUCAAAGACUGAAGUACGAGUCCAUCGUAGUUUAGAAGCCACAGUGGAUGCUCUUCUAGCAGGCCGGUCUCCAAAUUUUGAAAUUCGCAAGAUGGACAUCGAAGAGUCGACAGUUGAAACCCUUCCUUUGCAGAAGGAAUCUCUUGGCAAUAUUUUCACUUUGAAGGAAGAAGAAAGCAAGGUCGAGAAUGAUCUUCUAAUUCCUAGUCAAAAGUUGUGCAACAACAUGCCUACUAUUGAAUUUAAGGAAAAAGAGCUUGAUAUAUCUCAUAAAGUUGGAAGAGAUUUCCACCUCUUUGUUUAUGGGAUCAUGGAAUCAAGCAUCUUACAAGCACUAAAACAGUUGGGAAUUGAUGAAAUGAUUGAGAUAACUGAUAAUAUAAGUGAAGCAGAUGCAUUUCUUGCCUUAUCCUCCAAACUCAAAAAGAACUCCCAAAUUCAGGCAGUUGCCAAGUCUCGCGACAUUCCAAUCUUUGUCACAAAGUCAACCUCUUUGGUACAGAUUACAAAGGCUGUAGGUGCCCUUGUUAAUGAACAUGCCAAUGUAUCCAAAUAUCAUAAAGCAGAACAUGAAGCAACUUCAUCAGAGAUGGUUGAUGCUCUAGAGGAAGCAAGACUGGCUAUCGAACAAAUUGUGAUUCCACGAGGGAAGUCCGUACAGCUUCUCCCAAGACCACCACAUAUCAUUCCAGUUCAGAUAGACCUGAUCAAGAAGUACAAACUCAAGUGGGAGAUGGUGGGCCAAGAGCCUGGUGUUUAUCUAAGAAUCUUUCCCCUUCCCCUCCUGGCUGGCAUUGGAGAAAAGAAAUCCGUUGGUCAAGUUGUUGAUGAGAAUAUUGAGCUCGACGAUUUAAGAAGUUUCGGUGAUACAGAGAGUUCACAAAGUGGGGUACCUAGACUGCCUCUCCUCCCUGAAUGGUAGCAGUCUUUCGUCGAGGUGCAUAACUUUUCACUAUUCUUUCAUUCACUACAGAAUAUAUAGCCUUUCUCCAUAAAUUGCCAUCUUGUUCCCCAAUUUGUUUAGAUGAGUUAUUAAUUGUGAUAAACAAGAAAAA